AUGGUAACACCGUCUGUACACUCAGACGCUGAGCAACAUAAUAAUACCCCGCCCCGAUGGAAAACCAUCCCACUCUGCAUACUGAAAGUGAUUCUACACCAAUGGCUUCUAAUAGGAUACGGCGUCGUCUGCGUCCUAGCCUACUACUUUCCCCAAGUAGCGAAACAUGGCGGGAUAAUCCGCGCCGAAUACAGUAUCAUGUACGGGGUAAUCGCGCUUAUUUUCCUAAUUUCAGGCCUGAACAUCUCGCGCCAGAAACUGCUGUUACAGCUCAUGAACUGGCGCCUGCAUCUCAUAGUCCAAGUGAUUAAUUUCCUCUUCGUCCCAGCUUUGGUCCUGGCUGUCGUUUAUGCCAUCUUGGCUGGUGAUCCGGCCGGUCGUAUCGACCGUGCUGUGUUGGCCGGGUACAUUUUCACCGCUUGCAUUCCCACCACUAUCGCGUCUAAUGUUGUCAUGACGAGGUCUGCUGGUGGUGAUGACGCUGCAGCGCUGGUGGAGGUAUUGAUCGCUAACAUCCUUGCGCCGUUUAUUACGGCUGCUUGGGCUGUUACUCUCAUUCCGGAGAGGGACGAGUUUGAAUCUUGGAAAUCGGGCUCGUCGGAUUUGAGAAGCAUGUAUAGGAAUGUGUUCCAGCAGAUUGGAUAUGCUGUCUUGCUGCCUCUUUUCGUUGGGCAGUUGAUUCGAUGGACUUUUCCAGAGCGUACAGCUUGGGUUCUGCAGAAGACUCGCUUGCCGAAAUUGGCCAGUGUAUGCAUGUUGUUGCUAGUUUGGUCCACUUUCUCUUCCUGUUUCGCUACAGGCGCAAUACAAACGCUCUCAGUUCAGAGCAUUAUCUUUGUCGUACUAUUUAAUAUAGCACUCUACAUCUUCCUCACGGGCGUUUGUUUCGUCACAUCCCGCCCGCCACAGGCUUUCUCUUCUCACCGCUGGUCGAAGCCCGUUUUCAAACCAUUGUCUCCAGAAGAGACUAUCGCUGCAUGUUUCUGCGGUCCGGCAAAGAGCACUGCCCUCGGUAUUCCGCUUCUAUAUGCUAUGUGGGCACCGCUUGACCUCUAUCUCAAGGCCAAAACGUCUGUCCCUGUGCUACUAUACACGACUGAACAGAUCUGUGUGGCCCAUUUUUUUGUCAUGGUUUUUAAAAAAUGGCAUGCUUGGACGGCUAAGGAUGCUGUGCCCGAUUCUGACGGGGUUGAUAUGGCCGAGACUCCUGUACAGGGUAGUUCUAUCCAUGGCCGCGGAAGUAAGGAUGAAGCAUCCUAG